AUGCGGCGGGACCACGCGAAACAACGAUGGAGAACACUGCCUCGCACCAUCGGCACCGUUUCUUCCGUACUCUGUUUCCUCUUGAGAUUGGGCUUGCACUCGGUGAUGGCCGAUGUCACCUUGCAGGACAUGGAAAGAGACAUCGUAGACUUGGUGUCCGGUACAGGAAUGAAGCAAGAGCCUUUUGGUGUGACGGUGACGCAAAGUCGUUGUCACGGGGACGACACCCCCGCAUACGAGAUCACGGAAGACGCUAUACUAACGCUUAGUACGAGCACUCUGUUCCCCAAUGGCAUGGCUCGCGAUUUUUCCAUUUUAGUCGUGGCCAGACCAAAACUGGGGUACCCAGCUGCCACGCUGUUUGCCAUCUACAGCGACAGCGGAGAGGAACAGUUGGUGUUAUCGUUGGGCAGUGACGUCACUCUUUACUACAGCACAACCCCAGACGACGAGGAUAAACCAAUUUCUUUUGGAAUUGAUAUUUCCGACGGAAACUGGCAUCGCUUAGGUUUCAGCAUCAAAGGAGACGCCGUUACUCUUAUCGUCGAUUGCGUCCAACGAGUUACGAGAGAAUUGCGUAGGAACGACCGGGAAACGGUCAGUGACACUGGCAUCAUAAUCAUCGGUCAACAGAUCGUCGAAGGAAACAUCUACUUGGGCGACUUGGAAACGUUGAAGAUCGCUCCGAUUCCAGACGCCGCCUACGAAAUUUGCACCAUCUUCGCGCCAGAUUGUAGAAAUCAAACGCGACACAGACAAAGUGGUUAUUCGAGUAUGCGAAAUAUCGGUGGAGUGCAUACCACUUCGUCCGGUUACUAUGAAAAUUCGGCCAGCAUUGGUAGCAAUCAAACGCAAUGGAGUUCCAGUACUGCUAAUUUUGCUAGAGGCUAUGGUAGAACGUCUUCUACCGUCAAUGGCCAACGGUCGAGUUACAGGAGAGGAUUGGGAGAGGAUCACCAGGAGACAAACGAGAAUACCUCGGUCGAAGAUGACGACGACUACAAUUUAGUUUACAGAUCCACGAACUCGACUUACGCGUCUAGACCAACCGUGGAAACGUUUCUUCAAAAUCAAAACGCUAUCGUCAGCGGAAUCGAUGCAACCAUAGCAGGGGAGAUACAGACGACCUUGGAGACUCCUGGAAGCACCAUGAAUUCAAUUGGAGUGAGCCCAUAUUCAGACUCGGUCGGAGGAUCGUAUUACAGCCACAGUUAUUAUGAGGCUCGAGGUCCACCGGGGCCACGAGGAUUUCCAGGACCACCAGGCGUGGCUGGAGCACCUGGAAGGAAAGGAGAACCAGGAAGGGACGGACUGUCGGGUCAGCAAGGCUCCCCUGGCCCACCAGGCAACGUCUUCAUACUGCCAUCGUUGAGUCAACAAGGCAACGAGAAAGGACCAGACACUCAGGCGGAGGCCUUGAGGCAAAUGCUUUCGCAGCACAUGAUGGCCAUGAGAGGCGCCGACGGCCCCAUGGGCAUGACUGGCGUCCCAGGUCCCGAAGGACCGCCUGGACCUCAAGGACAGAAGGGAGAGCCUGGCGAUGUCGGAGAACCUGGUCCUCGAGGCGAUAGGGGAAUUCCUGGAACUACUGGCAGGGAGGGCAGAAGAGGUCGGCCUGGAAGAGACGGGGACAGGGGUGUAAGCGGACCACCUGGAAUGAAAGGUGAACAGGGUGGACCUGGGUUGCCUGGGCUACCAGGAGAUAAAGGUGAAAGAGGCCAAACAGGAACCACUGGAGAACCAGGUUUACCGGGUCACGAAGGAAUGCAAGGUGACGAUGGUGCUCCGGGUUUGCCAGGUUUACCUGGUGAGAUGGGGCCCAGAGGAUUCAUAGGACCGCGAGGUUUUCCUGGUUUACCAGGUAACCCUGGUAUUCCUGGAAGCGAAGGUCCUCCUGGAGCAAAGGGCAAUACUGGUCCGCAAGGAUCCUUGGGUUCGCCAGGACCACCGGGUCCAGUGGGCGCAAUUGGUCCACCUGGACCUCAAGGUCUUCUAGGCCCAACUGGUCUAGUUGGACCCCAAGGCAAGCCUGGAAUCCCAGGUCUUUCUGGAGCAGACGGAUCGCCUGGGCAUCCAGGGAACCCAGGAGUUCCUGGAUUGAAAGGCGAGCAAGGGCCGCAGGGACCGCAAGGACCGAUAGGUUUUCCUGGAAUUCGUGGCGUGAAGGGCGACGAGGGCAAACGUGGAGCAGCUGGUGAACGCGGGGAAAAGGGGGAUAGAGGAUUGGAAGGAGAGAAAGGUGACGCGGGCGCGAAAGGAGAGAUCGGAUCCACUGGUCCGCAAGGAAUUCCUGGCUUGGAAGGUUUCGAGGGACCCAAAGGUUUCGAAGGUCCGCGUGGUGAGACUGGACCAGCUGGACCGCCUGGCGAAAAAGGGAAGAUUGGCUCUCCUGGAUUCGUCGGGUAUCCCGGAAAUAUCGGCGAGAAAGGUGACAAAGGUCAGCCUGGACGACAAGGUCCCAGCGGGGAUAAAGGAGAAAGGGGAAAUAACGGCGCGCAAGGUGAACGUGGCGAACCAGGACCCAGAGGUUUCAGAGGAGCUCGAGGAAGACGAGGCGCCGAAGGUUUACCAGGACCGAAGGGUGACACGGGUCAGCCAGGUCCUCCAGGACUGCAAGGAGAGUCUGGUCCGCCAGGUGUUGAAGGUCCUCGUGGUUACAUCGGACCACCAGGACAAGCUGGUCUCGAUGGGAAAGACGGUAUUCCUGGACCAGCUGGAGAACGUGGGCCAGUAGGAGACUCUGGACCGAUGGGACCACCAGGUGCACCUGGCGUGAUAGGACCGCAAGGUCCCACUGGAGAACCUGGCCAGCCUGGGGAACCUGGAAGUCCGGGAGGUCCUGGGAAUCCUGGAGAAUCGGGCCCUCCUGGCGAGCAAGGAAAAGAGGGACCGCCAGGACCUCCCGGUUUACCAGGAAAGGAAGGCCCGCCUGGUCCUGGUGGUUUGCCAGGAUUUCCUGGCGAACGAGGGCUGAAUGGACUACCGGGAACUCCAGGUCCAAAAGGAGAAAUAGGAUUGUCAGGGGCUCAGGGUCCAACGGGAGAUAAGGGUGCUCAAGGAGAACCUGGAAAAGACGGGGAAACUGGACCUCAGGGUACUCAAGGACCUAAAGGGCCACCAGGGCCAAUUGGUUUGAAAGGCAAUAUGGGCGAUCCUGGUCCAGCAGGACCCACUGGACGAGACGGUUUGCCAGGACAACGUGGACUACCAGGGCCUCCAGGUCCUGUUGGAGUCCCAGGGGAAGAUGGCGACAAGGGAGACAUUGGACCACCUGGUGAGAAAGGAUUUAAAGGAUCUCAAGGAGAAAUGGGUCCUCCAGGACCAACUGGAUCGCAAGGACUUCGAGGCGAACCCGGCACUAUUGGAUUGCCUGGAGAAAAGGGACCUCCUGGAGAAAUUGGGAGACAAGGCCAGAAAGGUGAAGACGGACCUGUCGGAGCACCAGGUUUAUCUGGGCCGGUAGGUCUACAAGGAUUACCAGGACCUCCUGGAUUGAAAGGAGAAGUUGGCGAUGCCGGAGCUGUUGGUCCUGUCGGGCCAGCUGGAACUCCAGGCGAACAAGGUCCAAGAGGACCCAAAGGUUCCGAAGGAUCGCAAGGCCCUCCAGGUCCAGAAGGUCGACAGGGAGCAAAAGGAGACGCUGGAACGCCAGGACUUCCGGGAGUAGAGGGUCCUGAAGGAAAACCGGGUGAAAGAGGCCCAGCAGGUCCCAAAGGUGAGGAAGGUAAAAGUGGUCCGCCAGGACCACCCGGUGGCCGUGGAAUAAAUGGCCCAGAAGGACCGAAAGGUCACGUGGGACCACCUGGUUUCCCUGGACCUCCUGGCGAGCCUGGUUUAGCUGGUCCCAAAGGAGAUCCUGGGAAAGACGGUGAGGAUGGCACGCCUGGAGAUCCUGGUCCUCCAGGGGACGCUGGUCCGCCAGGAAAAGAGGGGUUGCCUGGUCCAUCUGGAAAAUCAGGACCAGAAGGACCAGCAGGAUUGCAAGGAGGUCCAGGCAUGCCAGGCGAGAAGGGAGACACGGGUCCGCCUGGAGUACAAGGUCUUCAAGGUCACACUGGCCCUCAAGGUGUGCCAGGACCGUCUGGUUUGCCAGGUCUCAGAGGUCUUCCAGGACUCGCGGGAGAGAAUGGUCCACCUGGAAUGCCAGGAGCAGUUGGUAGUCCAGGAAAGGCUGGCCCUGUUGGACCUAAGGGCCCAAAAGGUGACAGAGGUAGACGAGGACUCAAAGGACAUCGCGGUGAACUAGGCUACUUGGGAAUUAAAGGUGAACAAGGCGAAAAAGGAGAGCAAGGAGCACGAGGUGAAACUGGCCCCGAGGGAUCUAAAGGUAACCAGGGACCACAUGGAUCACCUGGGCCUAAAGGAAACGACGGCCCUCCUGGGCUUCCAGGAAUGGAAGGACCACUUGGACCUAAAGGUAGCGCUGGAAACGACGGACCAAAAGGCGAAAUGGGUCCUCCAGGCCCUCCGGGGCCUCCUGGCCCGCCUGCUGAGCAACCCAUGAUCCCUCCAGAAUUAUUGUUCACCAGAGAGCAAUUGUUGAGGAAAAAACGCGACGCUUCGAAAACCAUAGAGGAGGAAGACGAGAAAGAUAAGGGUUCAGAAAGUACAGAUCAAGACGCUCGCAUCGAGGAGGAGUUGGGGCCCAAGUUCUUGGACAUGUACAGCUCGAUAUACGCUAUGAGAAAAGAACUGGAUCGAAUACGCAAACCCAUUGGAAGCAGAGAAAAUCCUGCGAGGACUUGCAAGGACCUGUUUUAUGGGCAUCCGCAUUUCAACGAUGGCUGGUACUGGAUCGAUCCAAACUUGGGGAUGGCUGACGACGCCGUGUACGUUUAUUGCAAUAUGACGAGCAUGGGCGAAACCUGCGUGUAUCCCGAUAUUCACGUGAGCCAAAUGCCGAACAUACCGUGGAGAAAGGAAGACAACAAAACUGAUUGGUACUCGAAUUUACGCGGAGGAUUCAAAAUCACAUACGAAACUAUCGGCGUGGUGCAAUUAAAUUUCCUGCGUCUGUUGAGCCAAGAGGGUUAUCAGAACUUUACUUACACCUGUAUCAACAGCGUCGGCUGGUAUAAUACUCUGACUUCUAAUUACGAUUCCUCGAUACGACUGCUCGGUGCAAACGAAGACGAAUAUUCCUACACGGAUAUCAAGCCUCGAAUCAUGGCUGACGGUUGCAAAACGCGUAAGAACAAAGGGGAAACCGUGUUCUUAAUUCAGACUACGAAAUUAGAACAAUUGCCUCUAGUGGAUUUCUAUCCAGUCGAUUAUGGUUUACCACAUCAGGCGUUCGGUUUCACGUUUGGGCCAAUUUGCUUCAAAUAAAUCGUAUUAUCGAACUCCCAUUGGCAAGACUGAAUUUCAAUUGUACAUUAUUGUCUUCCAUUAAUUGUUCUCUAUCGCGAUGAUAUAAAUAACGUUUAAAUUAUUAAUCGAUCCAGUUUACCGUUACGUACGCACCGGUUUACUGUUCGUGAGCCGUCUAAUAGUGAGAGUAUUCAAGUUUUAUUCUGUGUGCAAUGUAAGGUGAACGCUGUUAUUUAUAUAGAAUACACUGUUAAUAUUGGAAUCGGUUUCACUGCCAUUAAGCGUAGGAUGGGUAUCGAUAUCUUGUACAGGCCGACUCUUUCAUAUGUUUAUAAAUAAAUUGCAAUAA